AACUUCAUCCUAGACGCUCCCUGGAAUGCGAAUUCCAAGCAUAAUAAUCGACGGAGUAGACUUGUUCUUACGACAUCUUGUCAUACUCCCCCCUUCAUCCCUACAUCUCCCCAUUCUUGUACGCAGCACCGCUCGCACAACUCCUCCACCGUCUAUCUAUACCUUCGUUUCAAGCCAGUCACACCAAAAUAUCCACUAUCAAUCCCCCCAUACACCAACCAACCAUUCCUUUCAUUCUCUCACUCUCACCUCAAAACGAUCACUUUACUUGUAGAGUCGUGAAAACCACUUAACCUCGAUAUAACCAAUCUCCCCCCUCCCCCCCCCCCCAAAAAAAAACCAAGAACACAGACAGCAAGACCAAAAUUCGCCUUGAAGAAGAAAAGACUCAGUAUACUUACAUAUCGAAAAGUAGAAAGAAGAAAGCAUAUUAGCUCUAGUACCUUAUGUAUCCUCUCUUCGAAACAAACCUUCCAUUGGGCGUACUCUUGGAAUACAGAGAUUUCUGUGUGCGGCGUUGUUUGCUGACUCUAUCAGCUAAUAUUCUUCUUUUUUGGCAUAUCGCUAUUUCUCGCAGAUGGGUCUAUUCCUGCCAAGGCAAUGAUUUGUGUGUUACAUGUGGAAUGAUAUAUUCUAGAUCCACGAACAACACAAAGAGGGGGAAAAAAAGACACACAUUUGCCUACAUCGACAAUCUCACGUCUCCAUAGUUAACAGACAAGCCCAACACUACACAACAUCAAUACCAAGGAACAAAGAAAGAAAAGGUAUGGGAUCAAGGACUCGAAGACUCCGUCUUCACGAUGCUUGUCCCUGUUGAUUCAACUUCUCUCUUAGCUCAUCUUCACCACACCCCUGAAAAUACCGCUCGUAUAAUUCCUUCACUUUCGUACCUC